AACCCUACCUAAACCCUCAAAGCCUAGAACCUUCUAUCAUCGUCUCCAGAUUCAUACAUAUACACAAGAAACAACAGUAUCAAUCUUUUCCAAUAUAAAGUAAUAACAAUUUGGAUUAAAAGCAAGAUCGAUGGCAAAGCGGUUGAUCCCAACUCUCAACAGAGUCCUGGUGGAGAAGAUCGUGCCUCCUUCCAAAACAACCGCCGGAAUUCUCCUCCCGGAGAAAUCUUCCAAGUUGAACUCGGCGAAAGUGGUGGCGGUUGGGCCUGGGGAUAUUGAUAAGUCUGGUAAUAAGAUACCGGUGUCUGUUAAGGAAGGUGACACUGUUCUCUUGCCUGAAUAUGGUGGCACCCAAGUCAAGCUCGGCGACAAAGAGUAUCACUUGUUCAGGGAUGAUGAUAUCUUGGGAACUCUCCAUGAUUGAUUGAUGAUCAGUUUGGAUUUUCUAAGUGAGGACUGUGUUAAUGUUAAUCUUCUGAGGUUUCUAUCUGUUACUAAGACUGUUGUUUAAUUAUUUCAAGAGAUUAGUUUUGGUUUUUGAAUUUAGCUUUCCCAAGUGUAUCAGAUAUUGGAAUAAUAUUCACCAAUUAUAUUGGAUAAAAGUGAUGAAAGACGAUUCUGUACU